AUCGCUCUACCUGUGGACAGGUUGGACAACACAAACUUAAAAGCUUGUUCAGCUUCUAUUUUACUAAAUAAUAUGUAAUAAUGUGUUUUUAAUCGUUUCGGUUUAAAUUCAACAAGUUCUGGUUGUGGAGCGCGUUUAUUGUGUUUAUGGAAAGAAAGGAGGAAGAUGACGGUCAACCAUCAAAGACGGCUAAUAAUUAAUCCAGUUAGGAAGGAUUUUCAUUGCUAAUGUGGUGGAAACUCAGAUAAUGGAAGAUAAAGAGGACGAUUUUUGUGACGCUGUAAAGAACUGGCCGAGCUGCUUCAACACUUCCUCCCAGUCUGGCGACUAUCCCCGAGCUGGAGUUCUAGUCUCGGUGUGAUGUCUGGCCUGGUGUGGGAAUUGCGACACCUUCACUUCCAUUUAAACUCAGAUCUAUCCCUGUUUAUUUACAAGAAUGGCCUUUCCUCUCAUCCUCAUCCUUCUAUCCCAUUGGACCCUGGCUCUUACAUUCCCUCACAAUGCCUUUGACAACAUCGUGAAAGGAUCAAGAGUCGACUUUGAGUCAUCUGGAAGCGGACCAGAUGAACCUGUCCGGGGUGUAGUAAAGGUGGUGCAGCUGGACCCUCGGUCCCUGGCCCAUUCAGGCUUCUUCAGACAAGGUCUGACCCCCAGAAGAGCCCCCUCCCUCAGCGCCAGACUGUCCUUCCCUGCUUUCUUGUCUCAGGGACGUCCAGGUCCUGCUCCAGGCCCCAGGACCCCACUGAGUCCACUACACCAACUGAGGCCUAAAAAUGAGAUAGAGGUGAAGAAGACGCAAGGCCUGCAGAUGUGGCAGAGAGCCAUAAACAAAGGAGAGAAGAUGCACCUGCCAAUCAACCUGAAGGACACAAAACAGACGUGCACCGCUAUACCUUUCACCCAGCAUGUGACAGCGGAGGGAUGCAGCACAGUAACCGUGCACAACAAGCUGUGUUUCGGUCAGUGCAGCUCCCUGUUUGUCCCGUCGGAAGGAGAGUUUGCAGGGCUGGGUUCUUCUGGGACAGGGUCACUCCGUCACCGGGCCCCCUGCUCCCGCUGCGCCCCGUCUAAAUCUCGCACCGUGACCGUGCCUCUGCGCUGCGGAGCUGAGGUCAGGGAGAGGCGGCUGGUGGUGGUGGAGGAGUGCAAGUGCGAGACAGGCCGUGAGGAAAAGAGGGCAGAUGCUGUGGCUUCCACACACCUGUGAUUCUGUUACAACUGUUGUCCAAAAAACACUCCUGAUUGUCAAGGAUUUUUUAGGGGGCAGGUAAUCAUUUUAAUCCUGGCUGAUAUCUUCAUUCUCUGUGAGAUCACUGCACUGAUCGACUUUAUCCUCGCUUCAUGAAAAUGAACUAGAAGCAUGCAUCUUUAUGAACAUGUGUAUCUGUGUUUGAUUACGAGUCUGAAUGUUUUAUUCAGAAUAAUAUGUUGUGGUGUUUAUUCACACCAAUGAUUGAUGACAAAAUGACCUAUAUUGUGGUCAUGUUGCAACAGACCGAUCUGUCCACACUGGACUAGUGUUAUGUUUUCAGACAAAGUGUUUAGAUUAAACUAAACUGGAAUAUUGUGAACUUGUAAUAUCGUCAUUAAAAUGUCCUGUUUGUCCUGA